AAUUGCUUUCAGGACACACGAGGUGCAGUUGUCAGGAUAUCAAACUUCUUGGGUAAAAACCUGGAUGACAAAACCAUUGACACAAUAGUGAACAAAUCCUCCUUCAAUAACAUGAAAGAAAACCCACAGGCUCAAAAUGAUAUACAGCAUCCUGCAUUUUUUAAACAAAGUGGAUCCUUGAUUCGAAAAGGGAAGGUGGGGGACUGGAAGACUAUGUUCACAGUGGCCCAGAGUGAGAUGUUUGACAAGAUCUACAUGGAGAAAAUGAAAGAUCUUCCCUUGAAUUUGACUGGGAGCUGUGAAAAGAGACGUGUCCUGAACACAAUGGUAGUGAAAGCUUUCAUCAGCUUGGUUGACGAUGUCAGAAAAACGGAUCCAGAUGCUUGUUGUUGUUGA